AUGUCUGCCGGUAUUGCGCUAAGCGAUAAACUCGAGUCUAAUGAAUAUGAAGAAAAAAUUGUUAAUGAAUUUGGCCAUCUACUAGAGAAAUCGAAACAGUUAUUCAACGGACUAAGAGAUCUUCCUCAAUAUGGACAUAAACAAUGGCAGCCAUAUUUUGGAAGAACAUUCGAUAUUUAUACAAAAUUAUGGAAAUUUCAACAACAACAUAGAGUUAUAUUGGAUAGUAAAUAUGGACUAAAACGUUGGCAAAUUGGUGAAAUUGCAUCUAAAAUUGGUCAAUUAUAUUAUCAUUAUUAUAUUCGAACAAGUGAAACAAACUAUUUGAAUGAGGCAUUCGCAUUUUACUCAGCUAUUCGUACACGAGCAUAUUAUUCAAAAGUAAAUAAAGAAGAAAAACCUGAUUUAAUGGUGAAAAAAUUACGUUAUUAUGCACGAUUUAUUGUUGUUUGUUUAUUAUUAAAAAAAACAAAAAUUACACGAGAACUUGUACGGGAAUUAAAUCGACAAGUUGAUGAAUAUGUUAAAUCAUAUGAUCCAGAUGAUCGUCUUGAAUGGCAAUUAGUUCUAAAUGAAAUUACAACGUUUAUUGAUGUAGACAAUUAUUUAAAUGUAGAUCAAUUACCAAUUACAUUAUCAAAUCGUUUAACAACAAAUGUUAUACCACCAUUACCUGAUCAAAAUAAAUUAUUAGCCAUAAUGCCUAGUGCAAAUCAAAAUUUAUUUAUUCUAGAAGAAAUAUUAAUUAUUGGAAAUUAUCAAGAUCAAAUUAAAUUUAGUGAAUUAACAUUGGAUAUGUUUCGUCUUUUACAAGCUGUUGAACGUGAGCCAACAGAAUCCAAUUAUGGUGAAAGAAGUUUACAGUCACCCGCUCCAUCAACACAUCAUCGAGAUUUAUAUUUAUGUGAUGUCGACGGUCGAGGAGAUCAUUGUUCAUCAAAUCGCUAUAAUCCGCACAAAUAUUUACUAUAUAAACCAACAUUCAGUCAAUUAUAUGUUUAUUUAGCAUCCGCAUUUAAAGAACUUCCAUCAAAUGGUGCUUUAUUAUUGUACAUAUCAGCAGAUGGUUAUGAUGGACAUUCAAAAGUAAAAGUUGAACAAUCGUAUGAUUUUGGAGGUUGUAAAACAAACAGUCGACGAGAAGAUAGUUUAGAAAAUAGUAAUAAUAUUCCAUUAACAUCAUCUACGACAAUAUCAAAUCCGGGAACAAAUCAAACAUCAUCAUCACAAUCUAAAAAAUCUGUUCAAACAAUAAAAGAAGUUCACUGUAUUUAUCCUGGCGAUAUUUAUCCAUGUUUACGUAAACCAUUGUUUCUUAUUGUCGAUAGUAAUAAUAGUGUGGCAUUUCAAAAUAUGCCAAAUCUAUUUGGACAACCACUUGUUUCAUUGUUGUCACCUGUAAAACUUCCAGCUGUAUUUCAUGAUUAUCAAAAUAAAGGCAGUUUAUUUACAUUAUUUUUAACAUCUCCUGCACUGGCAUUUUGUUUUGUAUGUAAUAUUAGUGAAUUGAGUACAGAUUUGUGGGAUAAAUGUCAAGAACAUGUCAAUAGAAUUAUUUUUGAAGUGGCAAAAAUAUUUUUAAAAUCAAAAUUGGUUGAUAGUACAUUUUAUCAUUUUUUUGGCGAUGAUUUCUUACGAUUAUUUUUAACCAGAUUUGUAUUUUGUUAUGCCGUACUACGAUUACAUAGAGCAUUCAAGGGUACUGGAUUUUAUCCAUCAUCUCAACCGGCAUUAUCUAAUGAUUUAUUAGAAAAUGUUCAAGUUCAUAAAAUGAUACUGGAAUUGUCUUCUUUGCUCAAUGUUCGACAACUAUUUUUGGAUGCCUUGGAAUCUGUUUAA